ACAAGUGUCACCUGGGCAGCACAAAGACCAGUUUGUUCUUUUCAAGAAACUAUAAAUCUUUUUGUUGCUUUCCUCUUUUCUAUCAAAGAAGAGAAACAUAGGCAGCUUGUCUUCCUGAAUAAGUGGCAAUGUACAGUGUCUAUUUGUAUUGAUCUCAACAGUGACAGGAAUGGGACAAAAGCAAUUAGCUAGCUAAAUGUAAUUUCCAAUAGGAAGGGUAACAUGAUAGGUACAACCACAAGGCAAAAGAGAGAGAGAGAGAGAGAGAGAGAGAGAACACGGUAUCUUACCUCAUUCAUUUAGAUAUCCUGAAAGCAAGCACUCCAAUUAAUUUAUUCAUUAGCUAUAAAUCCUGUUGCCCUUCUUCAACAUUUGGGUAAAUAAUGCAAGGAAAAAGUGUCUAAUCCUGUUUUAGAGUAUGACAAACAGAGUCUCCCACCAAAACAUGAGUAAUCAAAUAGAGGGAAAAGGGUACGACCCAGAAUCACCAGAUGCAAAACCUGAAACCUUUUCCUUUCAACAGCUCCCCCAGACUCAAAGGAAGAAGAAGGACUGCGCCAAGAACAGUAAGAGGAGGUUCAGUGAUGAGCAGGUCAGGUUACUAGAGUCAAUUUUUGAGUCGGAAACAAAACUUGAGCCAAGGAAGAAGUUGCUGCUAGCAGGAGAGCUUGGUCUUCAACCUCGGCAGAUUGCUAUAUGGUUUCAGAACAGAAGAGCUAGAUGGAAAUCAAAGCAGAUUGAGCAGGAAUACAGAAAAUUAAGAGCCAGUUAUGACAAACUAGCUUCCUGUUUUGACUCCUUGAAGAAUGAGAGACAGUCUUUGAUCAUACAGUUGCAGAAACUAAACGAACUAUUGGGUCAACCAUGUGAUGAGAAUCGGACUUGCAAAGGUGUGGACGACUGUACAACUGCCAUUACAGCAGAUAAUAGAAAUGUCAAUAGUGAUUCUGAAGCACAACAAGGAUUAAACAAUAGAGUAUUCAUUAGUUCAGAAGAGAAUCAGAGCAGAGAAAUUUUGCACUCGGUUGAUGAGGAACAUGAACAUUUGAACAGUGAUGAAUACACAGAUGGCUCAUUAGCAUCCCCUGAUCAAUGGUAUAGUUUUGAUUCCAGCGGACAGUUUGAUCUGUCAGCUAGCAGUACACAAUGGUUCAAUUUCUGCACAUGAAGUUUUGGUUGUUUACUCAAUAAACAGCCUCCAGGCAUUGGAUAGACCUUCACAGGGAAACAGGUUAGAUCAGCAUGAGAAGUCUAAGGUAGCAGUUCUAUAGCAGGAAUUAUAAAUCAAGCAUCCCCAUUGUAAAAAGGAUUAAGAUAUUUCCACUUCAUACAGAAUUACUAGCAGAAUUAGUUAGUGCAUUCUUGUUAUUCAAGACUAUGUAUGUAGUAGAUUGUAUGCAGGAUAACAUGAACCAAAUGCAUACAGAGUGAGAAUGCCUGAAAUGAUCAAAUGCAUGUACUUGUAUCAUCAAGGAAUUACCUCUACCAACUACAUAACUUUCGUUUUCUUGUCA